UCCCUUAAUGCCCACAAAGGAACAAUCAUCAAAUGCAAAACUGGCGAAUCUGGAAAACCUCGAAAUAUGACUCGUCUACAGGUUGUGAUUGAUGAUUUGACAAAUUUAACAAUUAAUGAAACGUUCCGAUAUUUACCUGAUCCAACAUUCAAUAUUUCAAAUGAACCACAGAAGUCUUUCCAGAGUGGAGGUUCAACAUUUACUAUUCGUGGAGAAGGAUUCAAUAAUGUAGGAAAUAUCACUGUUGAAAAAGUGGAUAAACCUUGCGACGUUCCAGACGAUUCUUUAGCUGUCUGUGAAACACCUCCAAAUUUAGAUAAUGGAACAACCAAUCAAACUAUAAUUGUUCAUUUUGAUGGAUUGACAGUUCAUAUUCCAAUAGAAUAUGUUACUGAUCCUACUUUCGAAAGGUUUCAAGGUGUAUACGAAUAUGACAAGAAGUCUUCUAUUCAAGUCAAGGGUAGACAUAUUUUGAAUGGAGCUCGACGUGAGGACUACAGUAUACAUGUUGGUUUAGAUGGAAGUUGUUUCCUACAGGAUAUAACUAUGCAACUUAUCACAUGUUUCCCACCUAAAUCAGUACCUAGGACUAACCAAACAGAUGUGAACACUGUUUAUGUUAUUGUAAACGUUGGAAAUAUCAAAGCGUACAUUGGCGAUCUACAAUACAAAGAAGACGUCAAUACAUUAGCCUUUGUAGUUGGUGCUUUGGCUGCCGCAUUGGCCUCAGCUAUUGUUAUUGGCGUGUCUGCUGUAGUUAUUUUACGAAAGAAGAAGAAAAAGGCUAUCAAAGAAUUUAAAAUGGAACUUAUGACAAGGGAAGAAAUGAUACGAAAAGCUAGUAGAGAAGAAUUCGCUGAUGCCCAAAUGAAUAUCAGGGACAUAAAAUCGGACCUCGUUACUACAAGAGUGCCAUAUUCAAGCUAUCAAAACUAUAUACUGCAUCAGCUGUUUCCGAACCAAGACAUAAGCAAUAAUCCGUUACUUCAUGAUUCAGAGAUAACAGAUGACAGGAAAGCCGGAAUAAAAAGUGCGAUCGAAAAGUUUGAAAUGUUGCUGUCAAAUAAGCUUUUCCUGAAGUCACUUAUCCAAACAUUAGAUCGACCGAAUAUGCUGACUAUGCAAGAGAAGGCUCAUUUUGCAUCUGUGUUGUCGAUCUCAUUGCUUGGAAAUAUGAGACUCUUCUUCGAUCUGGUUCAGUGUCUACUGGUGGAUAUGGUUCGGUCAUCGACGAAAAAGCAACAGAAAGUUUUAUUCCGAAGGUUUGACUCGAUAACUAUGAGAUUAAUGGUCAAUUGGUUACAGAUAGGACUGUACAAACAUUUAACGUCACGCAGCGGGAUACAUCUGUUUAUGCUAUAUAGAGCAGUGCAAACAAUUAUUGAAAUGGGACCAAUAGAUGCACUGACAGGUAAUUCAAAGAAUACAAUUGCAGAGGAGAAGCUACUUAAAAUGAGGAUUGAACAUCAGAGUCUUACAUUGCAAAUAGAUUUGAAUGGAAACAGUGACCAGCAUUAUCCUGUUAAGGUUCUUGACUGUGAUACAAUAUCACAGGUGAAACAGAAAUGUUGUGAACAGAUUUAUAAAAAUAAACCUGCUUCGGAGAUUCCACACAAUGAUGAACUUUCUUUGGAAUGGCAACAGGGAAAAGCAGGAAAACUUUUGCUGAAUGAUAUUGACAACACUAGUGAUAGAAACAAUGGAUUGGUUUGCCUGAAUACAUUAAAACAUUAUAUCGUUCAGGACGACAGUAAAAUGGCGCUUAUGUAUAAACAACAUGACGACGACGAUGUUUAUGUGAAUUCAACUGGAGUAAGAACUGAAAGUGUGACGUCAGAGGAUAUCACAUUACUGAUGCCGGACAAAUGUGGAGGUGAAGAACUAGAAACACAGAAAUGGCACUUGGUAUACUAACUUCUUUUUAUUUAC